AUGAUGGAAGACCUUCCCAUCGACACCAACCACCCUGCGGUCAGGGAGUACCUCGCUCUCAUCCGACUGCAGGUACUGACACCUCUGUCACUCCUCAUCAACAUAGCGACGUUGAUGGUCUGUACGUUCGUACUCGACCCAAACUUAGGCCAAAUAUCCGAACUAUACCCAUCCGUAAUAUCGCCCAAACCAUAUCUGAUUGCUGUAUUCAUCGUCGCAAUUUAUGUCGGGCAAGUUGGAUACUGUGUGCUGCUUGUACUCUCCCGGAAACCGGAGACAAAGCGCGCCAUCAUCCAGGGAUGUGGGUUUCCCUUGAUGCUCGCCAACUGGGUCAUGGCAUUUUGGGCCAUCUCAUGGAUCCUCCAAGCGUUCCUUCUGUCUACCGUAUUGCUUGGGAUCCUGCUAGGAUUGCUCCUGUAUGCCAACGUCGUACUCCUCAUAUACCACGCACCGACUGGCAAACGACCGCUCGAUAUUGCAUUUAUUCAUGCGCCUGUGCGCCUGUUCCUCCUCCUGCCGUUGGGGGUUAUGUUCCCUUACAGCCUAUUUGUAACACUCGGUCUGACAUGGUCGCCCGGUGAGCCCCAGCACUACGCCCGCGGACAGUGGCCCGGGUUGGCCGUCAUGCUUGGCGUGAACUUGCUCGGGCUCCUUGUGAUCGUCCUACGCCGCGAUAUAGUGUGGUGCGCAGCGGCCACCUGGAUAUGUGCGAGUAUAUGGAGCGAGAAACCCAAGCCCUACCCUGUCUUCCUCGUUACCGUUAUGUUCACAGUCCUGCAUCCGGCUGGUCUUGUGGCGUCGACGCUGUGGGUCUGGCUCCGCGGACGUCGCCGCCGGACAGGGCCCAUCGCGCUUCCGGGAGACGAGAACGGCCCCCACCCCCAGCCUGGCGGGGAGAGGCCGGCGCGCGAGGUGGAUACCGAUGCGCUUUGGGGAUGA